AUGAGUUCGCGCGUAUUUUGGUCGGCGGCACGUCUGGACAGCGGCGGCUUGUUUACUUUUAUUUGUUGUAGUAAAUAAUUGAAAUGUUUUAAGUGAUUCUUUGAUUGUUUCAUUGUCCAAUUUGUUGAUUCGGCUGCCAGUGGUGACUUAGAACAAACAAAAAGAUGCCAACUGUGGAUCAGGCGCAGGAGCUAUCCAAAGCCCGCAGAUUUCUUAAGGAGCGCCUUCAGAGGAACUACACAACCAUACGAGGCUAUGAGGCAGAGCGUUCCAAUGUCCGGGAGUUGCUCCAGCGCACAGGUGAAGGCGAAUCCAAUUCGCUGCUAUUGAUAGGACCUCGUAAUGCGGGAAAAACCACGCUCAUCAAUGCGGUGCUGGCGGAUCUAUUGGACAACAAAUCUUUCGUGGAGAAUACACUAAUCGUGCAUCUGGAUGGAAAUCUUCAUACUGAUGAUCGCAUAGCUCUUAAAUCUAUCACAGUGCAGAUGCGUCUGGAAAAUGCCGCCGAUGGCAAGGUAUUUGGCUCCUUUGCCGAAAAUCUUGCAUUUCUGCUGCAGUGCCUCAAGGCUGGCAAUAAGAAAUCAAAAAGUGUCGUCUUCAUACUGGAGGAAUUCGAUUUGUUUUGCACACAUCACAAUCAGACGCUUCUCUACAAUCUCUUCGAUGUAUCCCAAUCGGCUCAGGCUCCCAUUUGUGUGCUGGGCGUCACCUGCCGCCUGGAUGUGAUUGAAUUGCUGGAAAAGCGUGUCAAGUCGAGAUUCUCCCAUAGACAAGUGUUUCUCUUUCCCAAUGCGGACAAAUUCGAAGACUAUGUCAAGCUAUGCCAAGAACUAUUGUCCAUACCCAGUGACAAGGCAUUGAAAUCAACAGCCAAUCGCAUUGAUCGUUUGGAAUUGCUCAAAUCGGAUGCUUUCACCUUCCAAAGGAAUCACUUCCGUGGCGCUGCCUAUGAGUUCGAUAAGAGAUUUGUGGAUAAUUGGAAUAAGCAUCAUGACAAGCUAAUCAAAAUGCCAGCAGCCCAAAAAACUCUGCAAAUGCUUUACGAUUUUGAUAUAAGUGAAGCAUUUCUCAAAAAUUUCAUUCUACGUCUGGUGUCCAGAGUGAAGCCAAGUGCUCCUCUCAUCACUCUGGAGCAGAUGUCAUCGCUGGCCCAGCAAUAUGAAUCCGAUGACAAGAUUGAAUUACUCUGCGGACUCUCAGUACUGGAAAUAUGCAUGAUUAUAGCCAUUAAACAUCAUUCAGAGAUCUAUGAUCGUGAUCCAUUUAAUUUUGAGAUUAUAUUCGCAAGAUUCUCCAAAUUUGCCAAAGUUUCGUCCACCAUGCAGGGUGUCGAACGUUCCGUAGUACUUAAAGCCUUUGAGCAUUUACGCAUAAGCGAACUAAUAAUGCCUCUGUCCAGUAAUAGCGGCCUGGGCAAGAUCCAGAAAGAAUUUGAAAUGCACAAAAUGGCCCUAACAUAUGGCCAAAUACAACAGGCUGUCCAACGCUAUCAGGCCUUACCCACUGAGGUGGCCCAAUGGGCACAGAGUUCGCUUAUUUAAUCUAGUUUAAGCCCAAUUUUAAUUUCCUUAAAAUUUUGUUUUAUUUAUAUAUAAUUUAACAUUUGUUUUUAUCUACUAAAUAUAAAAGUUAAACGAUUUCAAUUGAGAUCUGCUAAAAUAAAGCCAA